UUCUUGUUUCUUUUAUUAGUUGUAUUCUUCAUUUUUAUAAAUUGUUAUUUCUUAAUUGUUUGUUGCUCGUGUUUGUAGCACAUUUUUCAUGCUAUACUUUUUAUAUUUACACUGGUAAAUAUAAUCUUUAUAGACGGCACUACGUUAAACCUACUACUAAAUUUAAAAUGACAUAGGUGUAUUUUUGGUUUUAACUUCGUGUAUUCUACUAACUGAGGAAUAUAUGUGCAUGUUUUAAAAGUUCCACCAAUAUUUGAAUAGAAAUUUUAAUUCUUACCAAUCACAAAUACAAUUAAUCAUGGAAGUAAACAAAGAUGAAGCUUAUCGCUGUUUAGAUCGCGCUGAAUAUUAUAUUGGUGAAGGCGAUGUUGAAAAAGCAGAAAAGUUCAUAAAUAAGAGCAAAAAACUUUUUCCAACCUCUGAAGCGGAUGAACUAUUAAAAAAAUUAAAAACUCAAGGUUCAAAAAAACAUACAACAUCAAAUGUUAAACCUGAUGGACAAAAUGCUAAAAAACGUAAAAAUACGCCUCCAGGUAGUCCCAGAGGAGAAAGAGCUAAUCAGCCAACUUAUACAAAAGCACAAUUGGACACUGUCAAAAAAGUUAACAACUGCAAAGAUUUUUAUGAUGUGCUUAGCAUAAAAAAGGAUGCUACUGAUACUGAAAUAAAAAAAGCAUAUAAAAAAUUAGCCUUAGUAUUGCAUCCAGAUAAAAAUCAUGCACCUGGAGCUGCUGAAGCAUUUAAAACUGUGGGUAAUGCUGUCGCCACAUUAACUGAUGCAGAAAAACGAAAACGUUAUGAUAUGGUUGGUCACGAAAAUGCUACAUCAGAUCAUGUACACAGAAAUUAUGAUCAUGGAUUUGAAUCGGAUAUUACAGCUGAACAAUUAUUUAAUAUGUUCUUUAAUGGAGCUUUUCCAACAAGACAAGGACCAAUGACAAACCCAUACUAUACUCGAUCGUUUUCAAGACGUUGGCCACCAGAGAGUGAUAAUGAUAAUCAUCAACAACAGGAAUCAUCAAGUAUAUAUUUUCAACUGUUACCAAUUCUUCUCCUACUUCUGCUAUCAUUGUUUUCAAACUUUUCUUAUGACCCCGUGUAUACUCUAAAACAUUCCCCGAAGUAUCCUGUUCUUCGUCGUACAUCAUUCAGAGACAUUUCAUAUUUUGUGAAAGAUAACUUUCAUACUGACUAUACAGGCGAUUUAAGACGUUUAGAGCAUACUAUUGAAGAAGAUUAUAUAAAUACAGUACGCACAAAAUGCAUACGUGAAAAAGAAUACUAUGAGUCAUUAAUGUGGAGAGCACGUUUAGAUGAUGAUUCUACAUUAUUCAAUAAAGCAACUAAAUACCAAAUGAAAUCUUGUGAGGAGUACCAAACAUUGAUGAAACAAAAAUAUAAAUAAAGCUAUUUUCUUUAAUACCACUUAGUUUUGUUUUUUUUUUUUUAUGUAAAGAGUCAUUUUAGAUGUUUACAAUUCAUAAAAUAUAUACACUGUGUAGAAUUUCACAUUUUAGUUCAAGUUUAAUUAUUUUUUUCUUUUCAAAAUUAUAAAGGAAAUAAGUAAUAUUUCUUUUGAUAGUUGUAUUAUUAUAUUUAAAUUAGAAUAUUGUAGUUGGUGUGUCAAGUUAGGUAUGCAUUUUUUUUUAAUUAUUAUUAUUAUAUUUGGAAUUAUUAUUGUAAAAGACAGUGUUAAGAAAUAACUUUUUUUUACUUGAUUGUGGGAUAUAUUUAUGAGUUAUUCAUUUUAGCAAUCCUUAUUAAUAUAUUAAUUUAUAUUAUUCGACAAUUAGUAGAAGUAUAUCAAAAAAAUAUUUGAACCUCAAAUACAAAAUGGAUAAAAUGUAACUACUGACUAUAUAAAUAUUACUUAGGAAUAUACAAAUUCUUAAGAAUACAAGUAUUAUUUAACAAAUAUCAUAUAUUUAUUUAUAAAUAAAAUAUUACUUGAAAUUAGUUAGCUUAACUGUGUGUGAUUUGUUGGCGUUUAUGUUUCUAUUUAUUUACUUUAUUAUUUUAUUGUUUUAUUAUAUAAGAUUAUUUAGAGAAUUGUUUGUUUUAAAAUUAUAAUCAUUUUUUGAUUAUUGUGUUAAAUUAAUAGUUAAAUAAUAUUUUAUACAAAACUUUGGUGUUAAUAAAUACAUAUUUAUAAUACCUAUGCAUGUAUUUAAAAAUAUAGAUAAUCAUAAAUCAUAAUAAAAUAUAAAAAUAAAACUUUA